AUGGGAAACAAAAAUUCGCUCGAACGCAUUUUUACAUUAGAAAAACUCGCCGGUCAUGCGUGUCCGGUAAGAGACAGUAUUUGCUGGUCAAAAUGAAAAAAUUUACCUGACAAUGACCGGUGACCAGCACUUACUUUCGAGGCCUGCUAUCUAGCGAGCUAUAAGCCCAAAAAUCUCGUUGUGUAUAUAUAUAGAAGCCGGCCUUGCACUGUUAGCGAGACAGCAGGGGUGGAAAAAGUAUCGGAACCUGGGAACCUAGUUCCCAGAAAUUUUUUUGAGUUGAGAGUUUUGCAGAAAAUUUUCCAGAAAAUAUUUCAACAUUUUGAGAUAACUCUGUUUACUCAACUUACAAGUUACAACUAUUCUACUUUAUUUACACUGUACACACUAACAUCAGCAGCUUUUAAAUAUUUGACAGAAAUUAAUUCUUUUACCCACCCUUGCCAUCACAAUGACUGGUAAAAUGGUAAAUAUAUGCUCUGCAAAGUCUCCAAUAAAAUGCAAAUUAAAUAGUAAACAAAUAAAAGUGAUUCAAUAAAUAAGAUGAUAGGACACUUAGUUAAGCGUUAGAUUCUUACUAUGAUGUUUGUGAUGUUAUUCUGAGUGUGUAUCCACACCGGGUAAGCUUGAAAAAUAUGCCUGGCCACGGUGGGAAUCGAACCUACGACCUUUGGAAUACUAGCCCAAUGCUCUGCCAGCUGAGCUACACGGUCAGGUCGGUUCGAGUAUGUGAUAUUUCGGAACUGAGUUUAGUUCCUUCGACAUCAAUGUAAUCUAUGCAUUUAUUUUGUUAUUUUUGUAAUUGUAACAUUACAAAUUUUACAGAAAAUUUCUAGCCUUUGACCCAGGUUCCCAGAAAGAAAAAUUUUUUUUCCACCCCUGCGAGACAGUCCGGUAAGCGGCAGUAAAUUUGGUCGCACUUGGUGACAUGCAUGGCGCCCAAUCAUUUGAAACCCUGUCGUAAUGCUUUAUUAUGGAAUCCUUUUGCAGGUAUGGGAACGUAUAAUGCCAGAAUGGAUGAAUGCAAUCCGAAGUAAUGUACCACCUGAACGUCUCCGUGAGUUCAAGAGUUUGCUAAGGCAAGUUGUACAAAAGGCCGGAUAAAAGAUCUUUUGAUAAUGGGCUUGCAGAUUUUCCAAAUGGGGGCAUUCUACGCAUUGCAUUUGUCAAGGAAUUUCCACUGGAGGAGGGGGAGGGGAGGCAAACAUUUGUUUUCCAAAUAGAGUGAUUUUGAGCAUGUGACUUUAUGUUUUGUUUUGGUUGGGUAAUCCAGUUGUUAACCAAUGGGUAGUUGACCAAUGGUUGAGGCUGCUUUUCCAGGGAGAGGAGGAGAACAAAUCCUAUUUCGGGGGAGGGGGGAUCAGUGGUGUUACUGAAAUGGUAACAAUGGGGACCGGGUGACAAGACGUGAAGAUUACAAGACGUGGAGGGUGCAACGUGAUCAACGUGGAAAAUUCCAGUAUUUAUUUUUGUAAGAGUCAGGGUUCGUAGCGGUCUUUGAAAUCCUUGAAAGUCUUUAAAUUUGAAUGCAGGUCUUUAAGGUCUUUGAAAAGUCUUUGAAUUGUGUGAAAAAGUGAAGAAAGUCUUUAAAAUUAAUUCUUUAGUGAGUAUUUGAUUAUACAAUUUCCUAGCUAAUAAAAUAGAUUGAUUGAAGAGCAAGCAAGGUUUUCGCAAGUAUCGACGAAAAGGUACAUUUUUAGAUGUGAUGUGGCGGGACUAAUUACUGGGCAAAAAUUGUGCUUAUACACUCGCAAUUUUUCGACAGCUGAUUGCUCUCAAAGGUCUUUGAAAAGUCUUUGAAAAUAGGCAGAAAAAAUCUUUGAAAGUCUUUGAAUCUUUUUGGUCUUGGAGACUACGAACCCUGUAAUCUUGUUAAUCUUUAAUUAGUGGGUUUUUUUUAAGAAAGGACGUAAAAUCAAAUUAGUGUUUUUUGAAGAAAGGACGUAACAUCAAUAAAGAUUUCGAUAUACCGAAGCUGUUUUAUGAGGGUCCUGAAGGGUCGUAUUCCCAUUUCCCAGCCCGAAUUGUGACUAAAUCCCAUUGUCCCAGAGCACAAAUCCCAUCAUCUCAGUGGCUGUCCUGCUCAAAUCUUAAUCCCAUUCCCAUUUUCUAUUGUUUUUUUGCUGAUGAAUCCCAGUCCCAGUGCAUGAAAUCCCAUUUUCCCACCCAAAAAAUAAGCAAAUCCCAGUUCCCAUUUUACCCCUUCAGGACCCUCUUUUAUGUUCGAGCCACAGACAUGACCUAAUAGUAUGAUCAUAGUAAUCAAGUACGGAUUACUAACAUUACCGCAUCAUUUCAACAAUACAGUUGCAAAGAACUUUCCUGGUUAUGAAUGCAAUCUGGAAAAAAUUGGGAGGUCAAUCCCCCCAAAUCAGCAUGAGAUUUUUAACAAGUCCCCCCCCCCCCCACCUGGGAACCUUACUUCUACACCAAUGCAGGCAAUUGCCCCCCUAGAUACAUAGUUUAAAAAAACUGUGAUUCGUCGACCAGCACCGCGAAUUUCCUCCCACGGGGAAUGGUGACAGGGCAGGUUGCGAUAAACCCAAACAAAGUUGGCCCAACAUCAUGCAAUAAUGUUGAAACAUUUGGUUUAACUGCUUAUUUUUCAGCUCUUAUUAAUAUAAUUUGAUAAGAUUUAUCCAAAUUGAAAAGCUUUGCUUAAACCUUUAAAAUGUUUGCAAAAGGAAGAGUAUAAAACCUUAUAUUUGAAAAUUGAACUCGCUUGAGUCAACUUGUAUAAUUCGGCGUUGGAAGAAAUCAUGUUGGAAAUUUUUUUCUUUACGGGUGGUUUUGUAAUAGAAUGAAAACACUAUUUAAGUCGUAAAAAAAAUAUUUCGUGUACUUAAAAUGGACAAAACUCUCUCCCAAAUCCCUGUUCGCUCAAUAGCUCAGUUGCGAGUUUAUAUCCCAGUUGGGUCAAGUUUUACUGGACUUAUAAAUCAGUUGGAGAUUUUCUUUCGAUUGAUUUCUUUAUUUUUCGUACACUGUCAGUUGCGUUAUUGGAUGUUAUGUAAUAAUAAUAAUAAUAAUAAAAUAUUUGUGUUGUCAUUUCCAGUGAUAUGUUUGAUCCAGUUGUGUCACCGUUCAAAGUACCCAUGGAUGUCGUUAUGGCUUUCAUCAAGAAUGGCUUUGAAUCGGGUUCAGAAAGCUUGCAAAGACAAACCCUUACUUGGUUACAGGUAUAUAUGUGAUUUUAUAGCUUGCGUACAAAAUGUACGAAACAUUGAUUUAUUUCAACCUCAUUCACAAAUCCUGAGAAACGAUUGGCAAAAAUUCUCAAUUUUUCACAAAACGUCAUGGGUGAAUCUUAAGGAAUCGUUACAUCGUACCUAAUCUGCAAUUUGAGACGUGUAACAUAAAUACAGUCAAUUAUAUCCAUAAAUAAUGGCAUGAAUCCUUUACCAGCACAUAAUUUUAAGAAGUGUACGAAAAGACUUACUUCAAAUAACAAUGCCAUCUUUUAAAGAGGCUGUCAAGUCCUUUCUGCUUAUGCGCGUGUUUUGUUUACAUUUUUUGUUUCAAACAAUAGAUAAUUUAAUUACAACUUAAUUACAACAUUACUGUGGGUCUACAGAUUCGAAUUUUUAAUUAAAUUAUCUAUUGUUUAAUUAUCUAUUAAAUUAUCUAUUGUAUAUAAACAAAUCACGCACAUGAGCAGAACGGACUUGACAACCUCUUUAAACAGAAGAUAUGAGUUUCGAGAAAACAAGACACAACUUAUGGUGGUGAUAUUUCGACUGUCAAACCAACUAAAUUAAUUAUUUACAAGCGUGCUCAGAUCUUUAUCAGGAGAAAUAGGAAGGUGACGUAAUCAACUGGAAACUGAAGACAAAAACAUGUACCACUAUAUUUACAAACAAAUAUAUUUCAGAGAGACAAUUAGUUCUCUCGAUGCCUUUAGACCACUAUUAAGUUCUGGAUUACUGAACUGUAUAUGCAGACCUUCGAGAAACAGUAAUGAUAUACGGUCAUAUUUUCCAUUGAUUUUACGUUCCUCUCAUUCAUUUUACAAACGGGCUUAUAUACAGUUCUUUGUAUGUUUGCAUGGUGAUAAAAUAUAAUAGUUUUGUUUGUGGAAACACCACGUAAAUUUAUUACUGCAAAGCUUUCGAUCCGUAAGCCCGGAUCUUCAUCUUCUUCAUAUUAUUAGCACUGAUGAAGAUCCGGGCUUACGGAUCGAAAGCUUUGCAGUAAUAAAUUUACGUAGUGUUUCCACAAACAAAACUAUUAAACGGGCUUAUGAUAUACAGUAUGGACGGUUUAUAGGUUCGAUAUUGUAUUGUAUUGUGUUGUGUUGUCUUUAUACACGGUAACAUUGAUCUUCAUAGGGCCUUUUGGGUUUACAUGUCAUCCAGGUUUACGAAUCUCUGGGUUUGGUCUAUAAAAGGCCAUUUAUUUUGGAGCGGAGUGCCCAGUAAACGUAAAAGAUAAUUUAUUUUGCUAAUAUACCAAGUGAACUCGGUUAUACAGUACUUGUCUUAUACACCUUUAUAUACCAGGAAUUUGCAGUAGGUAGCCCGUGGUUAGUGUAUAUGCCUUUUACCUCGGUAAAAGGUAACCGAGGUUCAUGUAUGUAAUAUAAGAGGCGCUUCAAGGCCUGUUCAAACGAGACUAACAUCGUCCAACAUUUUGGUCCAACAAGAACAGUUUAAGCUUACUACAACAAGCUACACUGUGUUUUAUGAGUUAUGAAAGUACCAGACAAUUUGAUGUACCAACGCGAAACCUCUAAAACGUUUUGUAAAGAGUAUGUAAGAAAUCUAUCAUGCAUAAAAUCAUUUAGUCAUGGUCGUUUAGUCAUUUGAUCAAUUAGUCAUGGAAAAUGCGCUAUAGAAGUUUACAAUUACAAUUACAAAAUCAAUGAUGUAUAAAAUCAGUCUUGCGUUUGAUAUAUUGUGCGUGAUAGGCUAUACAAUGGCAAAACGUCUGCGUUUUAGAGGUCCGGCAUUCUUCCAAAUUUGCUUCCCUAUGAAUUCAAGUGGAGUUAGAACACAUUUUUGUGCUCAAGCCAUAUUUAAAGCGGUCGUUCUGCACUCGAAAAUAUACUUUUCAGAAUGAUUUGGUGAUACAGAUACCAAAAGUUCCCAAACUACUGUGCUCUUUUAUACAUCUUGUGUAGUGAGUGGGCCGACGCAGAAAUAGGGACUUGGAGCAAGUCUGGUCACAUGUAUAAGAAGAGCUUAAGAGUGCUUCUCACAGCUUUCUUCAUCUAGUUUGGUUUUCUUCUCUAUUGGCUGUUUUAUAGCAUCUGCCCUAUUAUAUAGUAGAAAGCUGCCGAAUUGAUAGAGAUACAACUACCUGAAAAACAUAAAAAAAAACUUUGACGUUUCGAGCAGGGCCGUAGCGAGGGCGGUAAUCGGGGAGAGGGUGUGGUGGUAACACCCCCCCCCCCGCCAACUUUUUAGAAUUAACAUAUUCGGAAAAUCGGGUUGGCCAUUCGGAAAAUUACGGCAAUAAUUGUAUAACGAAAUUUUAGUUGUUGAACAGAGAAAAUAUUAUAGAAUUUUGUUGUCAGUAUAAACUGAUUUACGAAAUCAUGGCAUUUACAUGGAUAACAAUUUACAAAUCGUAAAUCAGCAAAUGUUUUUCGGUUUAUUACUUCUUUGAAUAUGUCUAUGCGUAAAAUAUGCGUAUUUAUAAUUUUAUAAUUUUAUUAUUAUCUAUAUUUAUAAUUUAUUGCGUCUUCAUUUUCCGGAUAGCAAACACUUUCGUGGCUUCGUAUGCCAUGACAGAUUUAGAAUUUUUUUUCGUCAUUCAGAAAUGUUCCCAAACUAUACAUGUUAGCUACGUCCCUGGUUGCGAGCGAAGGCCCUUAGUCGGAAAGUUAGUAGCGGGAGCGGGAAAAUUACAUGAGCAAUUUGGAAGAAACCUUUCUUCACGUCGAUGACGAAAAACUUAGACAGAAUAAAACUUCCAGUAUAAAUAUAGUUACAGUAGUGUUUUGACCGUUAGCCAAUGUUACUAAGGGGGAUAGUACUGCUUCAAUCUUCACAGCCACUAGACAGUUUUUUCUGCCCCAUCUUUUAGAUACUAUCAGAACUAGAUAUAAUAAUCAAGAUUCACAUGUUGGUGAACAUGUUACAAUUGGCGAUGGAUUCCUUACAAAACCCGAGCUUGGAGGACCCCCACAGUGAGCCGCCUUCACCUGUACACCAAGGAGAUAUCCUGAAUGCAGGACAGUGGUCUACUGUAUUGGAGAGUGAAUCUACUCUGGCUUCCUUUAUUAUGAUGUUGGACAUUAUUGUAAAACAGGUAUGCCGUGGUUGUUCUCAGUCGUUUUUUAUACGUAUAGAUAAUGAAGGGGCCGUGUUGUAUCACAAACUUGAGCCGAAGGCCAGAUACACCACGGACGCGAAUGUUCUGUAUGUAGCUUGUGAAACGUAAAUAUUUCAACAGUUGUUAUUGUAAAAAGUAAAAUAACAGUACGCAAAUCAGGUUAAUGCAUGAAUUAAGCAUGCGCGUGAUUGGCAUUGGUGCCAAAAAAUAAAACUUUCAGCAGCUAUUUAAAGGACGUAAAAUUGAGUAACUUUUCUGAUAUUUGGACUAUUGAUAAAACACAUAACAAAUUUCUCGCCCAUGGGCUCAAAAUUCGUUUAAACUUUUAAAUUUCGCGCACAAGUUAAUUUUAUUGCUGCUAAAAGAGACCCCCCUGCUCUGAAAAAUUUAUCUUUACGAAGAAGUUUUGUUUAUUGUACAUUAUAAGUACCCAAACAAUCUAUAUUUAUCAAAAAUUUCAUGAAAUAAUGGAUUUGUGACAUUGAGAGCCGUUUCAAAAUUGUCUAUUUUUUAUACACUUUGUAGAAAGUGUUUUCAUACAUGUACACAACGUUUUAACACAAUGUAGAGUACAAUAGUAAUUCAUUACUGUUAAAACUUACCAAUGUCACAUAUUUAUAGUCUUUUUACUGGAAACAGAAUUAUUUAAGUUUUUCUGUGCCAGCGGUCCAUCUUAUCGAUUCACACAGUAUAUACUAUGAGAUCAGUGAGCGGUGAGCUACAACGAGAUUUUUCGUGGGAAUGAUCAUGCUUAUCGCGUAAUACAGUAUAUAACGAAUGUAAACUUUGCGAGAGCGUGUGGAAAAUAGAAAACAAAUGCAAACAAAGGAUUUUCAAUUGGCAGCUAUUGUUACUUGAUAAAACCACGUAAGCCGACACUGUUUUGUCAGCUUAAAGUCGAUUGAAGCCGUAGCGAUGUACUGGGUACCACUCUGCAGGGUUUUGCAGGAUACCGGAUGCCGGUCAGUGAAAAAUGAUAACCGAUUACCAGAUAGUAAACGGUACCAGGUACUCGUGGUGUCUAGGGGCGUAACUUCGGUCUAAAUAUUGUGUGUGUGUGUGUGUGGGGGGGGAAGGGGGGUCGUUUUGCCCGACGAAAACAUGUUUUGCCAGAAAUGAUGUAAAGGGGCUGCGAAACACGAAAAAGUUUGUGAGGGUCACUUUGGCUCCGAAGUCCAGGGCCGCCGAGAAAUUGCCCGGGGCCCGGGAAAGAGCCCUAUUACGUCAUAAUUGUAAAACGGAGAAGCUGUGUUUUACAAUAUAUUAUAUAUAUUAUAUAUAUAUACUUUAUUGCAUAUUAUCUAGCACUAACGCAGCUAGGAUUCAUUUUCUCAGUUAAGCAAGUGUGUCGAGAAAUUUAAGGGCCUCCGUUGCUUUGAGGGUCCCUUUUGAGCUGGGGCCCCGGAGCAAAGUGCCCCGCUCUCGGCGACCCUGCUGAAGGCACAAGUAUCAAGUGCCGAUUUACAUUUUAGAGUCUCUGAAACGCCAUUUAAUGCACUUUGGGGAAAGAUUCUACAUAAUUCUAAUGGUUAUAUACUAUAAACUAAUACAUAUGUACAUGUGAACAUUAUUUACACAAGUGAUGUGACUGUUUAAUUAACUUUCAAGUGACGCGAGCAUACAGAUCACGACACUUUUGGUAUAAGAACAUAGAUUAUUAAUUAAGUAUGUACAAAUGUGUAAAAAAGUUGGCCCAUGGUCGCCAUCUUCCUAACAAGUGUCGCUCGCGUGAUAAUUCGUCAUUUGGACGUCUUGCUUUCAAAAAUGCUUUCAACACCUUUUUAACAACUUUAAUUGCUUUCAACAACUUUAAACAUUCAACAUUGAUUGUUUAAUCCAAACAUUUCGAUCCAAAAAGGCCGCAAUAAAUUGCAAAAGUUCGUGUUUUUCAGGACGCCAUUUUGCUGGCAAGUGUCAUGGCGUGACACGACGUGAACAUCUAGGGAAAAUUUGAGGACACGAAGUCCUAUGACGUUACACAUCCGGUAUAUUCUUAAUCUGUGAUAAGAAGGACGUGUGAACUGGGACAAUACACAUGCCAACGCGGAUGAAAACAUAACCUUCUGGCGGAGGUAAUUAUCUCAGUCAGAGAAACCGAC